CCGUGAGUGGCUGCGCCCAUCAUGUUGGCCUCCUCUCUGCCUGCUGCCACUUUGUCUCUUGCACCACCACCACCACCCCCCCGCAAGUCACCUCAAGCAGCACCCACUCCUCGGACACCUCCAACCCGGCGCGCCGCUCUCUCGGCCAGCGCUCGCACACUCCACAUCCCUAUCGCCUCGCCUCACCACUGAGCCCAUGGCCGCCACGGCCGACCCCACGACGCCGCGUGCGGUGCGCCACUCGCCGCCGCCGCGCAGCAGCAGCAGCAGCUCGUCGCCCGUCGAAGGCGCACCGCUCUCGCGCAGCGGCUCGGCCAGCCACACGGCCCUCUCGGCGCCGCCGCGCCGCUCGCCGUCGCCGCCGCUGAGCAGCAACGUGCCGGAUUUGCACGCCCAGGUGCGCAAGCUGCGCGCCGAGCUGGCCACGCUGCGCACGGCCCACGACGCACUCCUCUCGCGCUCGGCUGAGCUAGCGGACCGCGAGUGGGCCGGCAGCAGCAGCAGCGGCGGCAGCGCAUACGGCAGCCCGCCGGCCGCCGCCGCCACGCAGGCGCGCGUGCGCGAGCUCGAGGCGGCGCUGGCACAGGAGCGCGCUCGGCGCGAGGAGGAGGAGGCCAAGGUGAUGGACCUGCGCAUUCGCGGCGAGGAGAGCCGCCGCGCCAUCAUGCGCUUCCAGACCGAGGCUGCCGGCGCCGCGCAGAACAACCGCCGCAGCAUGGGUCCCGCCUCGCUGGCGGGCUGGAACCCGGCCGCUCUGCCAAACGCGUCGCCGCAGCCUGGUGCCGAGGAGGACGACGAGGCACAAGCGCGGCGCAAGAGCAAGCGUGCCUCGCUCGCCUUUGGACCCACGGCACGCGCCGACAUCCUCGCCGCCGGGCGCGGCCCAGCCGCGGGCCACCGCCGCACCUCCAGCGGCGGCGCCCCCACCGACGACGGCGCCCCGGGCGCUGGUGGGCUGCGCGAGCUGCGCCUCGGCGGCACGAGCGCGGUGCCCAUCACGCUCGCAUCCGAGGCCGCAAGCUCGACAAGCCGGCGCAGCAGUCAACACAGCAUGCUCUCGCCGCAAGGCUCACACUCCGAACUCGCGCCUGACGAUGCCUCGCCCGGCGAGUCGCUGUUUGGCCUGCGCCACGCCCUGCAGCGCGCGCGCCGCGGCACCGCCGGCAGCGAUGGUAGCGAGGGCGCUGUAGGCCUCGCACCGCCGGGACGCAACGGGAGCGUCUCGCCUUCGCCUUCCAGCAUGACGAGCCCGAUCCUCGAGGACGACGACGAGAGCGGCGUCGCUACGUUCCCCGACAAUCUCUCUGUCCACUCAGACGCGCCCGGCACGGCUCGCCCGAUGAGCUUCCUCGGCAUGCACCAAGCUGGCGGCAGUGGGCCGGCGCCGCGCGCCCUGGCAGAGGCCGAAGGCAAGCUGCGCGCGCGCGAGGCCGAGCUAGAGCGCGCACGCAAGGAGAUGCGGCGCCUCGGCUCGGCGCUCGACGAGGCACGCGAGGCGCGCGAGGCGUCCGAGGUGUGCCUGCGCGCGCUGCGCCACUUCAUCGAGGAGCAGGCGGCAGCGGGCGGCAGCGGCAGCGCCAGCGGCGCGAACGGCGAGGUCGCUGCCGACGCGCUCAAGCUGCCGCCGCUGCCGACAGACCUGUCGGCAGAGGACGAGGAGGCAGUGCGCAGCCCUGGACGCAAGAACAGCAACAACGCAACGUGGGGCGCACGGCUAGGAAGCACGUUUAUGCGCGCCACGGCGGUGACGCCCACGGCUGCGAAUGGCGAAGGCGCAGCCUCGGGCAACACGUUGCGCGCGUCGCCCAGCUCCGUCGAUGCACCGGCGCCGCCGAGCCGCUCGCUCGCCAGCAUGUUCACGCGUGCCUACUCGGGCGAGUCAAACGCCAGCAACGCCUCUGCCUCGGGCACCGGCGACGAGACCGGAGCGCGACAGGCCAGCGGCAUGCCGACGCCAGGCUCCGAUUUCGGCGGCAGCGCGGACAGCGCCGCGGAGGGCGAGGCCGCAGCACCAGCCGUGCCUGCCGCCGCAGCAACAGGCACGCCGCUGCGCGGCCUCAGCAGCUGGUUCUCCAAGCGCUCCUCGGUGCUGCCAACAGGUGCCGAGGGCGUCGCAGCCGGGAGUGCCUCUGCGCCCGACAACUUUACGUCAGCGCCGCCGCCGCCGAGCAAGCGGCAGAGCGUGGUGGCCUCACCGCCCUUUGCGUCGCUGGACCACUCGCAGCUCUCGCGCGUGCCCGUCUCGCCGCCCGCUGCUGCCGGCUCGCCGCCGAAUGGCGUGAGCCUCAGCGACAAGCUGCAGCCGGCGCCGCCGCUGCUGCCGCCGCGCAUCGAGCCGUCAGAGCGGGCCAAGCGCUCGGCCAGCCGCACGAGCUCCGUCGCCGAAGACGACGGCUUCGUGGGCCCCGCCUUCACCUGACCAGCUCGGUGACGCCCGCGACUCUUCUCUUGCGCUCCUUCUUAGACUUCUCCCGGACUCCCUCUUGCCGCUUUUGUCUAUCUAUCGCGCUGCCCGACCCCCCAUGUAUUCUAGCGCGCGCAUUGUCUCCUCGCACAUACUCAACGCACACAUCCUCGCGAGAUCACGCGAGAAGUUCGGCGGG